AUGACAAUAGGCUUCACCGGAUCAUUGUUUCCUACUUCGUGGAGUGCAACUCUACCUCUCUCUGUCUUCAAUACCGGUUCAUCUCCGUCGCCGGAGUCUUUAACAAUCCCUGAAGACGUUAUCUUCUCCAUCACCACGUUUCGUAAAAGGUUAGUAGUGACCCUAGCCAAAGACUCCUUCCCCCAUGCCAAAAUUAAGAAACUAUCAAUGGCUGCCGUUGAGAACUCUACCACUGAGAUUGAGAGAAUGGCUUAUGAAGAAAUUAUUAGCUCUAGACAAGUAGAAGAUGUGGACGAAAAUGAGAAUAUUACAAAUGGAAAGGAUAAAUACGAGAACAAAGGAGGAUGGAAAUUAGCAAGUCUUUUGCUAGUGAAUCAAGGCCUAGCAACAUUAGCAUUCUUUGGAGUAGGGGUGAACUUGGUGUUGUUCUUAACCCGGGUUCUCGACCAAGACAACGCUAGCGCUGCCAAUAACGUUAGCAAGUGGACCGGAACCGUCUACCUAUGCUCGCUGAUUGGAGCGUUCCUUAGCGAUUCAUAUUGGGGUCGUUACUUGACAUGUGCCAUCUUUCAGCUCAUACUCGUGCUGGGUUUGGCACUACUGUCACUUGCUUCAAGGCUUUUCUUGAUAAAUCCUGCUGAUUGUGGUGAUGGAAUAAGACUCUGCAACACCCCAUCACCACUCGGCUCUGCUAUGUUUUACUUAUCGAUAUAUCUCGUAGCGUUCGGGUACGGCGGGCAUCAACCGACCUUAGCCACAUUUGGAUCGGACCAGUUCGAUGAUUCGCAUCAGAAAGGAGCAAACUCGAAAGCUGCAUUCUUUAGUUACUUCUACUUUGCACUUAAUGUUGGCUCUCUAUUUUCAAACACUAUACUGGUUUACUAUGAGAAUUCGGGCAAAUGGACGCUAGGCUUCUUGGUUUCUUUCGGCUCUGCAAUCAUAGCCCUGUUGUUCUAUCUGUUGGGGACUCCAAGAUAUCGGUACAUUAAAGAGAGUGGUAAUCCGUUGCCCCGUGUCGCUCAAGUAUUUGUAGCUGCAUAUAGGAAGUGGGGUGUCACGCCGGCUACUGUCGAUGCUUUGUAUGAGGUCGAAGGAACUGAAUCCGCAAUCAAAGGUAGCAGAAAGAUACUUCACAGUGAUGAUUUCAAGUUCCUCGACAAGGCGGCUACGAUAACUCCGAAUGAUUUGAGUGCACUAAACAAUCCAUGGAGGCUCUGCACUGUAACUCAGGUUGAAGAAGCCAAAUGUGUACUAAAAAUGUUACCAAUUUGGCUUUGUACUAUAAUGUACUCUGUCAUCUUCACGCAAAUGGCAUCCCUUUUCGUGGAGCAAGGAGAUGUAAUGGCGUCCAAACUUGGAGACUUCCGCAUUCCAGCUGCGAGCAUGUCGGCAUUCGACAUUUGCAGCGUUCUCAUCUGGACUGGGGUGUACCGACAUAUUGUUGUGCCCUUGGCUCGAACAUUAAGUAAUAACCCCAAGGGAUUAACCGAGCUUCAAAGAAUGGGGAUCGGACUCAUCAUCGGAAUGAUCGCGAUGGUUGCUGCAGGCUUCACCGAGAUACAAAGGCUCAAAUUCGUGACCCCGGGCGAGAAGAAAAGCUCUUUAAGCAUAUUUUGGCAAGUACCACAAUAUGUUUUAGUAGGUGCAUCUGAAGUUUUCAUGUACGUUGGUCAAUUGGAGUUCUUCAAUGCACAAGCACCGGAUGGCAUUAAAAGUUUCGGAAGCUCCCUUUGCAUGGCGUCCAUGUCUCUUGGCAACUUCGUUAGCAGCCUGUUGAUUAACAUAGUAAUGGAGAUCACGACGAGAGGUGGUAGUCCCGGAUGGAUCCCCGAGGACCUCAACUCCGGUCACAUGGACCGGUUCUACUUCCUUAUUGCCGGUUUAGCCGCGGUUGAUUUUAUAAUAUAUGUGUUCUGUGCCAGAUGGUACACUUGCAUCAACCUUGACACCAGUGAGAAGGGCAUUGAAUUGGAAGAACAACAGGAGGAGGUGCAUGCAAAUGUUUAGUUUGUAUCCAUUUUGGACAUGGGAGGCAUG